UUGGCUUCAGUAGAUUGCGCUGUGGAGAGAAAGACAGCAGCGGCAGAGCAGUGAGGGGAGAAGCAGUGCGCCGGUGAAAAAAAAGACAGAGACACGCAAAUAUAACAAUGAGAACGACGAACGAACGCGUUACAGUUGAUCAGUAACUAAACUAGUGCUUUGAUAUUGACGUCAAUGACGUAGGAUCGUUGAAACAAGUGAUUUAAAGGUUAGCAGCUGGCUAAAGCGAGACAGGGCUGUGUCAUUGAGAUAGCAGGACACGUCAAGACGAGGAAAGGGAGGAAAAAACAGACAUUCCUGUCGGAUUACAGAUCCCCAGUUUAAAAUAUCAGAUCAUCAGUUUAUCGCAGGCCUUGCAUUAGUAUUGCGUUGCGGUAAUAACCGGAACGAGUGUCUGCCCUCAGUCAUCGCUUGGACCAGCCGCUAAGGACAUAGGAAGCAAGUAUAACUGCUGGAGCCAGGUUAAACUGGAGAACAUAAAUGGGGGAUUACGGGUUUGGAGUCUUAGUGCAAAACAACACUGGCAACAAGUCUGCUUUCCCAGUACGAAUUCACCCACACCUGCAACCGCCGCACCACCACCAGAAUGCCACCGCCAACCCUGCCGCCUUCAUAAACAGCACCCCUGCCGGGAAUGGUAGCAGCAGCGGCUCGACCUGGCUGUUCCCGGCAGCCAGUGCCCACAGCAACAUGCAAGAUGAAAUUCUGGGCUCUGAGAAACCCAAAGCCCAGCAACAGGAACUUCAAGAAAGCCAAGACAAGCAGCAACUCUCCCCCGGCCACCAGGAGAGCGGUAUCAUCUCUGAGCUGGAAAAGGCUCGCUCUGAAGAGAGCAAAGUGGAGUGCGGGUCGUCUGAGGGGACCAACGGCAAGGAGAAGCUGCGUUUAGAGUCCCCCGUGCUGACACCCUUUGACUAUCAGGAGCCCUCAGGCCUGGGCACAGCCCCCCAAUCCAGCAGCUCCUCCCUAACCAGUUUCAACAACUGGUCUGCUGCUAUCCCCGCCACAGCUUCCACCAUAAUCAACGAGGACAUUAGCUUCUUCAACCCGGCGGCGUCGGCCAACAACGGCCCUUUGCUGUUCCAGAAUUUCUCCCACCACGUCAGCCCGGGCUUCGGGGGCAACUUCUCCCCACAGAUCGGUCCGAUUUCCCAACACCACCCACCUCACCCCCACUUUCAGCACCCUCACAGUCAGCACCAGCAGCAUCGUCGUUCUCCGGCCAGCCCCCACCCGCCGCAGUUCCCCCACCGCAGUGCCCCCUUCGGUCAGCUGCCGCAUCUCUCCAACAACCUGAGCAAGCCUCCCUCACCCUGGGGGAGCUACCAGAGCCCCUCGCCCUCUCCCUCAUCCACCUCUUGGAGCCCAGGCGGGGGUUACGGCGGUUGGGGCGGCUCUCAAGGCCGCGAGUUCCGCCGUGGCCUAAAUGGUGGCAUGACGCCUCUCAACUCCAUCUCUCCGCUGAAGAAGACCUUCCCCAACAACCACAUGGCCCAGCAGAAGUACUCCCGCACCAGUCCCGGCUUCAACCCAAAGUCCUGGAUGGAUGAGAGAAGGAGCGAGAACAUAUUCCCUUUCCAGGAUCGUCCCAGAUCAUUCGAUGGCUUCAACAUGCAUUCUCUGGAGAACUCUCUGAUUGACAUCAUGAGGGCCGAGCAAGACACUCUAAAAGGUCGCCUCGGAUUCACCCAUCCAGGAGGAGACAGCCCCUUGCCCAUAAACGCGAGGAAUUAUGGGAGGCGACGAGGACACUCAUCCCUGUUCCCGAUGGAAGAUGGCUUCCCAGAUGAGGAGAGAGCCGAUCCGAGCUUGCCAGGCCUUGGUUCGCCCCACUGCUUCCCUCACCAGAACGGAGAGAGGGUGGAGCGCUAUUCUCGCAAGGUCUUUGUGGGCGGCCUCCCCCCUGACAUAGAUGAAGAUGAGAUAACAGCUAGUUUUCGCCGCUUUGGACAUCUGUUUGUGGACUGGCCUCACAAGGCAGAGAGCAAGUCAUACUUCCCCCCAAAAGGUUACGCAUUCCUUUUGUUUCAAGAUGAGAGUUCUGUUCAGGCUCUUAUUGACGCCUGCAUCGAGGAGGACGGAAAGCUCUACUUAUGUGUCUCCAGCCCCACCAUUAAAGACAAACCUGUCCAGAUUCGUCCGUGGAAUCUCAAUGAUAGCGAUUUUGUGAUGGAUGGCUCACAGCCCCUGGACCCAAGGAAGACCAUAUUUGUGGGUGGUGUUCCACGCCCACUCCGUGCAGUGGAGCUGGCGAUGAUCAUGGAUAGGCUGUAUGGGGGCGUGUGCUACGCAGGCAUUGACACCGACCCAGAGCUGAAGUACCCCAAGGGAGCAGGGCGGGUCGCCUUCUCUAAUCAGCAGAGCUACAUUGCUGCUAUCAGUGCUCGUUUUGUACAACUGCAGCAUGGAGAAAUCGAUAAACGGGUGGAAGUGAAGCCAUACGUCCUGGAUGACCAGCUGUGCGAUGAAUGUCAGGGGACCCGCUGUGGAGGCAAGUUCGCUCCUUUCUUCUGCGCUAACGUGACCUGUCUCCAGUAUUACUGUGAAUACUGCUGGGCGGCGAUCCACUCGCGCGCCGGCCGGGAGUUCCACAAGCCCCUGGUCAAAGAGGGCGGUGACAGACCUCGCCACAUCUCCUUCCGCUGGAACUAAAGCCGGUGGGCCGGGAGACGCAGAGCGAGAAAGAAGAGAGUAUGUGUAGGGAGGAGUCGCAAAAUCAUCAUCUAGACAAAUGCACUUUUCUGUUGCUGGUUUCUUUUUAGUUUAAUUUAAAAAAAAAGUAAACAAAAGACAUGAUUUUAAUUUGUCAUUUAAUAUAUGAAAAAUGGAUGUGUAUCCUAAAAAAAGAUUCAGGAAAUGAAAAUGUCUAAUCCAUCUCUCUAUUUUUUUAAUAACUCCAUUAUAUUUCAUUUUCAAGUGCACAGAGAUGUGAAUAUAUUGAGUAUUAGUAUAAUUUGUCAGUACGUAUCUGCAUGACUUUAGAAUUGGCUUUUUUGUUAACAUUGCGAUUGGAAGUAUUACGUCCUAUUUUAAUUUAAUCGAAAAGGCGAAGGAGCAGAUAUGACAGAAAUGGUGCGAGAAGAGUGCACUUAUUUCUUUGCUUCCCAGAAUGCAGAUGUGGUCGAAGAUCUCAGUUGUUAACCAAAGCUUGGGAUUUAAAGCGAUUUCUCUCAACGCUGUUUGUUUUGUAUCAUUUGUGCUUUAAGACCAUGCUAACCUUUUAUGUUUCCUGACGACAACAACUGAUUCCACAACAGCUGUCUGGAUUCGAUCUCUAUUUUAACAUGCAAGAAAACUAAUACCUCAAGCUUAGCUGCUAGUUUAAGUCAAAUAUUAAUAAAACAAAGCUGGUCUCCUUUCCCCCAGGACCACAGAAAAGGAAAUGACAUCAGCAAAUGGCACAUUGAGAAAAUCUGCUCUGUCACUUCCUGAUGGAAAAUUUCGAUUCCAACAAUGCUUGGGAAACAGCAUCCUAGUGGGGAAUGUGUGGUGUUAAAGUUGCAGUAGUCUGCCUGCAAGCAAGGAACUUCAGUUCUGGUCCAGCUUAGAUACAACCGACCGUUGUUCUCUCAGGCUGCAAGCAGCAAGCCUAUGUUCGUUCGUUUGUUUUUCUGGCAAUACGCGUCUCGUAAGCCUUUACCCAGCCCCCAGAACCCCAAAAGAGGUACAGACAGAGAAAGCUACUUUGAAGAACGCUCGAACAAUAUACCUCCUGUCCUCCAGCACCCGUGCCCACUCAGCCUGAGUGUCAAGCAUAACUGAAGGUAGUCCAUGCAUCUCUCCACUCGUUGGCCCCCCGUCCCUUUUAGCCCUUAACUUUCAGAUUAGGGAACCAAAGAUGGCUGUGUAGUAGCUAUAGCGAAACCAUGGACCUUUCCUUUCUUGUAAACUUCCCUACAAAUGAAAACGAAGUGAUAAAUGCGUUGCUUUGGUGUAUCGUUUUGGCCCCUAACCCUCAUCCUAUUCAAUAUAAAGACCGGACGGGCUCCAGCAAACCAAAGAUUGGCCUCGAAUCGAUCAGCAUGCAGUUAAAAUCGUAGUAACACUAGUGAAAACCGCUGAACCCAGUGUGCGUCGGCCUUUCCGCAAGGCUUUUCGAAAGGUCAAACAAAGCAGACGUACGUCGUUCGGGUAUUGUUAAGGAGUUUACGCCAGGCAUCAGGUCUCGAAAAGUUUCAUCCAAUUGGGUAGAGAUUUACACAGCGCCUAAAUCUGCUAGAGUAAAGUCAGGGAGUUAGUGAUCAAUUACCGCUUGAUACACUAGUGAGAAAUUGAUCCUCGUGUUGGCUUGACGGUGUUCUGAUGCACCCGUUCAGCACUAUCACUUGAGCUUGUGGGUGUGGUGGUUGAGCAUUUUUAGAAGUUAAACACUUUUUGAAGAAUUUGCUGUUAAAGAGAUGGCAAAGAAAAUGAUUAUUUUAUACAUGGCCUGCUGAUUUUUUGGUACAGUGUUUUCUAGCUAAAUUAUUUUGUCAUGCACAUAUAAACAUUUAUUAUGCACUACUUUUCUAAAUGCUUUUGUUUUUCAACAGUCAUUUUAGGCACAUUUUUCACAAAUGGAAAAACUCCUUUUUGCAAUACCUCAAUUUUUCACAUUGUGAAAGGUAGCUUUUGUACUUUUGUUACUGAGAGAUCUGCAUAUAUGGAAAUUUUAAUUUUAAGAGAAAAAAAAAAGAGUUGAGUGACUUUAAUAUAUAUUAUUUUCAAUUAUGCUUUUUAUACAUUUCAGUGCUGAGGAAUCUUUACAACAAAGCACGCACUUGUGUUGAAGCGACAAAUCUGCAGAGGGGAGAUCCACAGGUCUUGGCUCUCGCACGCUAGAUUAAAAUGGCAAAAAUAGAUAUACAAUGAAUCUGACAGCAGCAUGGCAGGAACACGUUGUCAUUCAUGUUAAUAUUGCGGAAACAUACUUGGAUAUAAAAGAUAAACUAUCUUCUCCGUAGCUGGAAUAUAAACUAUAAUCUAAAGGAGAAUGCUAAAUCUGGUUCAUGUUUAGGCUGAUCCUCGUAUCACAAGAAUGGAUGUUUGAUGUUUAGAUAUUUUAACAUUUGAAAAUAUAUAUUCUUGAACUGCCAACUAGUUCCUAUUGUAAUCCUUAGCAUGCAUGAUGAGAAAAAAAAUCGUACAUGAAAUUAGCUAUUGAAAUUACUCGUUGUGGUUGUGCACCAGAUGUUUCUGAACUUUUGAUUUAAAGUUAAGGCCACCCAACACCCUGCGCCCUUCCCAUGUUAUUAUUCUCUAUGCCUUCCCAGUAAUCCAGCAUCAAUAGGAUGCGCACGGAGACGACAACAAAGCAAAAAACAAAACGCGUGAAAUUCUAGAGAAAACGCUGAAAUGGCAGUGCAGGACGAAAGCAUCUUCUAGUACGCUGUCGAAAAGACUUGAGAACUUCAUCCCCACUGUAUGUUCAAAGUAAAUCAAAACCCGUUUGGAGGAAGGGGAACUUAAGACUUGAAUGUGGUAAAUGUUGCAAGUUAACUUCGAGUUGUUAUGUGCAAUACUUUUUUUGAACUUUUUCCAGAUAAAGACUCUUUGCAAUGUAAUUCUUUAAUGCCAUUUUUAAUUGCAGACAUUUAAAGAAGAUGUUAAUAUGUUUUUCACAGUCAUUUUCUACUGUUAUUGUAAUCCUUUUCAUGCUGGUGUUUGUAAAAAAGAAAAGAAAUCAAACUAUUUGUACUAAUAUAAAAUAAUUGAAGUUAUUUUUAAAACAUUAAAGGUUUUGUGCUCAUUUGCUUAUUUUGUUUAUUUCAAGCUACUGUGAUUGAUUGCAUUGUAAUUAUUAGGUCAAUAAUGUAUUUAGCUGUUUAUUGGUAUAUUUUUAAUUGGAAUGUAUAAUUAAUUUUUAUAAUUUUGAUCAGAUUUUUGUUAUAUUUUUGAGGUGAAGCUUUUAAUAUGUUAAAGUGUCUAGUUUUUACUAAUUGCUAUAUUGUGCUCCACAAUAUAUGGUUCACAUUUUCUGAAGGAAAAUAAAUAUUUAAAUAUCUGUCUGUUAAUGAUGUUACUUAAUGGCAAAAUUUCAAUAGUUUUUAACUGUGUAUGGGAAGGUUGUUGUAUUUAUUAAUAGCAUUUUUUUACUUAAGAUAUCACAUUAAUUUUUAUUGUCAUUUCACUUUAUAAGUUCCUAUUUUUGUAUUUUUCUUUCUAAUUAAGUUAUGUUAUACAAAAUGUUCAUAUUCUAGGAGUUGGUCUGUAAGUGCUAGUGAAACGAAAAAGAAAAAUCUAAUGUUAUUUAAUUGUUUGCAGCCAACUAUUUAUAACAAUAUGCAUAAUUUUUAAAUAUUUGUAAUGUGAAAUGUUGAAUGAAUAAAACUUAACUGUGACGACA